CAGAGUCACAUGACCCUCCGUACAGUAAGAUGACGUCUCUCCCAGAGUCACAUGACCGCCGUACAGUAGGUCCAACAUGGCAGACGGAGAGCGGGUCCUCCGCGGUAACUAAAGCAACACUUCAAACCCGCCGACACACACAUUAGAACAACACAAGACCGCAGCGAUGAGGGAAAGGCUGAAGAAAAAGAAGGGCAGGACGUGGGCGGAAGCCGCUAAAACGGUUCUGGAGAAGUAUCCCAACACACCAAUGAGCCAUAAAGAGAUCUUGCAGGUGAUCCAAAGAGAGAGGCUUAAAGAAAUAAGUGGAACUUCGCCGCUGGCAUGUCUGAACGCCAUGCUCCAUACCAACUCCCGGGGAGACGAGGGCAUCUUCUACAAAGUUCCUGGCAGAAUGGGCGUCUACACACUUAAGAAGGAAGGCUCGGACGGGGUCAAGAAGCUGUCGGGGGAGGUGCACGAGGAGGAGGACGAGGAGGAGGAGGAGGACGGGUCUGAGGAGAGCAGUGAGGACCUCUCAGACUCGCCCAGCAGUGAGAACAGCAGCAAGGUGCUCAGCCAGGAGCGCGACGGCGGCAGGUGGCGACGCAGAGUUCCUACCAAGCUGGAGCCGCUGCCGCCCUCCUCCCCCCAGCCCCGCUGCUCCUCCCCUCUGGUGCCCGCCGCCAAACUCAUCUCCCCCUCGCAGAAACACGGCAAGAAGGCUCUGAAGCAGGCCCUGAAGCAGCAGAGGAGCCAGCGGCGCCAGGGGGGCGUGGCCUCCAGCCAGCGGCGCCAGGGGGGCGUGGCCUCCGGCCAGCGACUCAUCCUGAAGACGGUCAAAGACACGGCCGACAACAUCUCCCCCCAGACCGACCUGUGUCUCGGCCCAGGACCCAGGACCAUGGCGCAGCGAGGCAGCCGGCUCAGCCCACGGCAACUCAAGCGCACCAAGUGUGAAAUAGAUGUGGAGACGCCCGACUCCAUCCUGGUGAACACCAACCUGCGGGCCAUCAUCAACAAGCACACCCUGUCCGUGCUACCCCCCUCCUGCCAGCAGAGGCUGCUCAAGCUGCUGCCUGCGGUCGACCAGCAGGCGUGUCUGGACGGCCUCCUGAAGGUCACCGGCUCGGCACUCAACAACGAGUUCUUCGCCUCGGCGGCCCAGUCCUGGAAGGAGCGUCUGUCUGAGGGUGAGUUCACUCCCGAGCUGCAGCUCCGGAUGAGGCAGGAGAUUGAGAAGGAGAAGAAGGUGGAGCGUUGGAAGGAGGCCUUCUUUGAGAACUACUAUGGAGAGAACUCCGGGCUGAGCUACGAGGAGGCGCAGAGGGAGCUGAUGGAGUCUGAUCAGGACCGGCCGCCCUGCCCUCCUCUUCCUCCUCCUCCUCCUCCUCAUCACCAGCGCUCCUCUGAAGGACCUGUGGCCCAAGCAGCUGAGCCCCGGGGCCCCGAGGACAGAGCAGUGGGGGCCCGGGGCCCCGAGGACAGAGCAGUGGGGGCCCGGGGCCCCGAGGACAGAGCAGUGGGGGCUCGGGGCCCCGAGGACAGAGCAGUGGGGGCCCGGGGCCCCGAGGACAGCAGUCCCUGUCCUGUCCCGACCAGACCCCCAGACCAGUCUCCCAGACCCCCGCUGGCCAGCAGACCGCCGCCAGUCAUGUCGCCCAUGCGGACGCGGCGGGCGCGUCACGCGGAGGACCGCCGCCUCAGCCGCUUGGCCCCGCCCUCGGCCCCGCCCUCGGCCCCGCCCGCGUCGCCGGGGGAGUCGGCCGUACUGCCGGGUCCGAGGCCGGCAGAGGACGGUCUGAAGCCUCUGGUGGCGGAGCGGGCCCUGGGGGAGGGGCCAGAGGAGAGAGCGGCCGCCCCCGAGCCCCCCGACAAGAGCAGCCCCCGACCCCCCAGGGCCCCCCCAGAGGCGGCGGGGCACCCCGGCUCCUCCCCCUCUCCGAGGGCGUCGUCCACGGCGAGCCCCUCCAGGCCGUCUUCGAUGGCGCACCAGAAGGUUCCGCCGCUCAAGAUUCCCGUGUCCCGGAUCCUGCCUGUUCCACCCUCUCCCCACCCGGCCCCGCGGCCCACGGCGCCCGCCCCCCGCCACGGGACGGCCCUCCCCGGGGAGGUCCCGCCCCCCAGAGAGAGGGGUCCCGCGGCUCCGGGCCCCCACUGCCUCCAGAAGCCCCCCGAGGGGUCCCCACGGGGCAGGAAGGGGGCGGCGGAGCAGCCCGGCCCCUCCAGCGGUCCGGGGCCCCGGGUCAGCUCCUGCACCCCCGCCAACAACCCGCUGGUCACGCAGCUCCUCCAGGGGAAGGAGGUCCCCAUCGAGCAGAUCCUCCCCCGGCCCCACGCCGGGAGCAAGGGCAAGGCGUGGCACCCGGCGGGCCCCCCCCCCCGCCGGGGGGCCGUCCCCGAUCAGCGUCUCCAUGGCGACGCCCCCGACCGGGAGACGCAGGAGCAGAUCCUGCAGGCGCUGAUGCAGAGGAAGGCGUCCCAGCGGGGGGGGGCGGUGGGCGGGCGGGGGCCCCCCCGCCCGGAGGACCGGGGGGGGGGCCCCCCGCCCGCCCACCGCCCCCCCCCGCAGCCCGGGGACGGCCUGCCGCGGCCCCGCUUCUCCGUGGGCUGCCUCCGCAGGAGGACGGCGCGGCCGGCCAUGACGGGGCACUACCUCCUCAACGUGGCCACGUACGGCCGCGGCCCCCAGAGCGGCCCGCGCCGGCCCCCCGCCGCCGGAGCCCCGCUGCGGGGGGUGGCGGACACACCGCAGGACGGGAAGGACGAAGACCUCCCGCCCCCGACGGCCGGCCUUAAGGAGGAGCAGCAGGGAUGCUCCGUCGCCAGGCAACAGGAACCCACCGGCGCCCAGCACCGCGGAAUGGCCAAGAGCGAGGCCGGCCGGCGAGGUUGCGGACCGCCGGGCCAGGAGGCCAGCGCCGAGCCGGCCCCUCCCGGGGCCGGAGCCGCGCCCGAGGCCGGAGCCGCGCCCGGGGCCGGAGCCGCGCCCGGGGCCGGAGCCGCGCCCGAGGCCGGAGCCGCGGCGCGCAGCCCCUGCUCUCGGGCGGACCAGAGGAGCCUCCAGCGCGGCGACGGCCGUCAGGGGAGCCCGGAGCCGCGCCCCACGGCCCCGGACCUCAGCCAGCGGCCGAGCGCCGCCCAGACGCAGAGGAGCCCCGCCCACCGGGACCAGGACGCGGCGCUGGGGUCGCCCUACGGCGGCACCGUCGGCGCGUCCCCCCCCCCGCCGUCGGAGCGGUCGGGCGGCGGGGGGGUCCACGGCAGCGUGAUGUCGUUCUCGGUGACGGUCACCACCAUCCCCGCGGGCCACACCCUGGCCCCCGGCCCCCCCGGGGAGCCCUCGACCGAGCAGAGCUUCAUGGAGGGGGGGGGCCUGGAGGAGGUGCAGUCCAGGUGCUACUGCCGCCUCAAGGCCAUGAUCAUGUGCAAGGGCUGCGGAGCCUUCUGCCACGACGACUGCAUCGGGCCCUCCAAGCUGUGCGUCGCGUGCCUGGUGGUGCGCUGAGCCCGCAGUCUUCAUCGUCGGCCCCUUCCUCCUCCUCAUCGGUCGAUACGCGUUCCUUCGGUUUGCUUCCAAUCGAGAGUUGGUUGGAGAAACUGAGACGUCCUUUGAAACGGGUCGGGCCCCAGUGAGCGCCCUGGGGGCCCCAGUGAGCGCCCAGGGGCCCGUAGGAGGGUGGAGACGGCCCUGGAGGGCCCGCGGUGAGGCGGCCCGCGGUGAGGCAGCCCGGUGGGGCUGCGGCCGCCCUUUGGUUCAAUCAGCAGAUCUGGGAGGAAUAUGUCCCCUGAGUGCAAUCUGGCAAUGUUUGCACUUGGCUAGGGUUAGUGUGGUAUAUAUAUAUUUUUAAAGAGACAUAAGUAUAGUUUUUAAAAGAGAACAAGGAGGGAAAAUAUAAUAUUCUUGUUAUUUUUGUAGAAUACAAUGACGUUAUGUGUGGUAGACAAACACUUUUUAUCGUGCGGCCUGAAUGGAUUGAAAAAAAGGGCAAACAUAAUGGUUCAUAGUAGACGACCAGGCAGGGAAUGAGAACUCUCCCAAUCUGUUUUAGAGAACAGCACUGUACGCCGCGUGCAGUAAAUAUAGCACUCAGAUUUUACAAAAACAGAUAUAUAGCAGCUAUACUUCGAUACUUCCUCAAAUCUAUAACAUCAUUUUUUUCAACGAUACUUUUAACAAAAGGAGAAAUCAAAAACACGUACCCCCAUUACACCAAGCCCCCUUCGCACUUAACCUUAUUUCUUAGAAACAGUUACAGGAAGCAACAGUUCCUCACAAUGCAUUGAGUCGAGAAACACAAUCACAACAGCUGCGCCUUCAAUGUACAGCGCGUCACUCUGAGCUGGGGUCCAGCAGCUGUUCUGGGGGUCCACAGGAGCAAAGACGCCCAGCAGAAGAGCCACUCUGGUUGGUUCUUCAGUUUGUCUCCGAGGUCACAGACAGGCUUGUAAAUAUCGUUCCCCACAAUGCAUCGCUUCUCAUUGCUUCUCAAUUUUUAUUUAUUUUUUUAACGGAGAGAGAUUUCUAGCUGGGAGGGACAGUUUAAACACUCACUGUACGGAGAGAAAAUCAAUGGGUUUAUUGUCUUUUUACUUUUGCACUGUAAAUAUUUGCCGAUUUAUAUUCCUAACGUUGUAAUACUCCUGUAGUACACCUUGCUUCGUAAAUGCCAGGUUUUAUGACUGAAUUUAUGAAUGACUGAGUGCUGUGGAGAAAGAGGGAGAGAGAGAGAGAGAGAGAGGCCGUAUCAUAGAGUGUACGUAACAAGGAAGAGGUACUCAAAGACCCGCUUCAAAUACACUUUAAAGGAAGGCAAUUCAUUUUAGAGGCAUUUUGGUCAAAGCUGCUGAAAUUGUCUACAUCCCAACAAAAAAUCAGUUGUCCCGUUAAAAGAUACAAAAAUCCAAAAAGCUUGUACAAUCAUUUCUUAAUAACACCCAUCAAAUAUUCUGGGCAACACGCCAUUAUUGGAAAUAAGGUAAUUGUAAAAAUAAUUUGUUAUGGAAGCAGGUGUGUGUGUGUGUGUGUGUGUGUGUGUGUGUGUGUGUGUGUGUGUGUGUGUGUGUGUGUGUGUGUGUGUGUGUGUGUGUGUGUGUGUGUGUGUGUGUGUGUGUGUGUGUGUGUGUGUGUGUUUACGCGUCUUAAUUGAAAAAUAAUAUAUGUUCUAUUUUUCAGUAGUUCGAGGUACGAAGCAGAUGAUUAAACAUAUAUUACUUCCAUGGUAACAUGCCAAAGUCACCUUAAGAAAACACGAUUAGAGCUUGUUUUCAACCUCUCACUAGCUAAACAAAGUUAAUAUAUUUUAAUUAAUAUAUUUGGAUAGAAAAUCUAUUUGCUUUUUUUUUUAUUCACAGGGUAUGUACUAUAUAUGAAUAUCAGCUGUUGGUUAUUCCUGGGAUGUCGGUCUUGUGGACAAACCACCAUGAAGAGAGCAACUGUUUUUGCUUUUUCAAAUUGCCCAAGUAUAUAUUAUAUAUCUAUUAGUGCUGUCAAGCGAUUAAAAUAUUUAAUCACGAUUAAUCGCAUUAAUGCCAUAGUUAACUCACGAUUAAUCGCGAUUCUUUUUUCUAUGCUAAAUAUCCCUUGAUUUUUUUGUCACAUUAAUUGUUCUCAUUUGAAUGCUCUUAUCAACAUGGAGAAGUGCAUCGGCUUGCCUUGUGCAAAUGUUUUUUAUUGAUAACAACAUUGGCAUAUACUGAUCAAAACAGGACGAUACAAAAAAAAAGCCUAUAGUGCAAUUAAACGAUGAACAUACAAACAUACUGCCUUGAACAUAGCAGUCAGGCUACUGCUUCUUUGUUUUGAGCCAAAGAAAAAAAAAAAAAAGUUUGCGCCGUUAAUAACGCGUUUAACUGACAGGCUGACAGCACUAAUAUCUAUAUAUUAUAUAUCUAUGCCGCAGGACCUGUUUUUCUAUAUCAUUUUCUCUGCCAUAGAGAAGUUGUCUAACGUUUGUAUUGAGUGCUCUAUGUUCUGGCUGCAUCAUUGAUACAAUAUGGAGGAAUUACCUUGUAAAAUACAAAUAUAUGUUUAUAUUAAACCCUUUUGAGCCCCUCUUGAGCUGAGCACAUUCAUCAGGUCAAUUUUACUCCAUUUUGAUAUUAAGAGAGACUGAGAUCUGUUAAAAUUAUAUUUAGCUAUCUUAUACAAUCCCAUCUCGUUUCAAUAUAUCAAGAGUAGUUCAAUUAAUGUUUGGAACCACAUUGAUAACAAUUAUUAUUUGGACUCCCAAACUGUCUGGGCAUAUAGUUGGCCAAACAUCGUUGGGACUUUUAUUUUGAUAGCAGAUAAUGUACCACUUAUGUGCUCAGUAGUUCAUUGAUCUAUAAAUAAGUGAAAAUAAAUGAGAUGACAUGAGAUGACAGCAGCAUCUUAAGGCAGCUGAGACCUUCAACUUUGUGGAGCAUAGAAAUUUAAAUUAGACAAUAUGCCGUUGCCUUUCCCUUCAUUGUUUCUUUGUGUGUGUCUGUGUGUGUGUCUGUCUGUGUGUGUGUGUGUGUGUGUAAGUGUGUGUGUAAAACUGGUCAAUUGAAGUUUUGUGGUAAGAAACAUUUUGGAAAAAUUGUUUUUGUAAAAUAUCAUAAGAUUAUAAGUUCCUUUCUGGCCAUAAUCAUUUCUGCUGUUGAUGGACUGUUUUAAAGUUUCAAUUUAAAACACAGGUGAAUGUAAUAUAGUAAUCAGCACUUGUAAACAAAGUGUAUUUUAUCAAAAUAUAUAGACUUUUAUGAAUAAAUAACACAAACACCACUCUGGGACCCAUUUCUAUUGUCUAUUUGAUCAUGAGAAACAGGACUUAGAUAAAUGAAAUGUAAUGUGAACUAAUGAUCAAUGUAUGUGUUGUUUAUGUUCAGUGUACCUUGUAUGUAUUAUGUUGAUCAGAAGUAUUAUCAGAAGUCUAGCAAGUGUGAUAGGUCAUCACCCAAGGUUUGCAGAGGGAGCGUGGGAUUGAUCUGCAAUACACUCAUACACUGUCCUUAAAGGUUGGGUAUGGGAUUUGCGAAACGCCAGCAGAUUUUGAAAACACACAACUCAAAUGGUCCUACCCCCUCUCCUUCAACGCUGACUCUGACUCCACCCAUUCCAAGUACAUGGACGCGCAAUCAUGCACGAGCGUGAACACAGAUGCGUGAGAGCGAGCCAUUAGCUAGUUAGCUAGCUCCAGUAGCUACCGCAGGAUAACAACAAACAGAAGCUUGCUCUGGGUCACAAGCUUUGAGUACGUGCACGAAGGGGUUACGCGCGGGGGGAGGGGGAGUGCAGUACGACCGUUUGAUUGACGUACUUACUGUCCAAUGCAACUCGGUGGCUCUGGAAAUCAUUGGCUGGAGUUUUUCGAGCCCUGCCCGUUCCACAGAUGAUUGACUUGUUUAAUUUUUAUGCCAGUACCCCUAACUUUAGUGGCUGUAAGUGGGUUAUGAUAAGGAUUUCAACUAAUUUUGCAAAAAUGGCCGAAAGAGAAUUCCAUACCCAACCUUUAAUUGUGUCAGCAAAAUGUAACUCCAGACAUUACACACUCACUAGUUCAAUGUAAGAAUAGGUUUAUUGGUAGUGAUUAAUUAGUCCAAUACACACGUUCAACAUCUGCUCAGCCAUUCCAGUGGACAAAUCUGUUGUACUGUUUAAUUUUUGGCCUUGAACCAGUGGUUCUCUUUCGGUAUAUUCAAAACCACAUGUGAAUGUAGGUCAAACUUUAUUUUUGCAGAACAAUUAAAAAACCUUAUUGAAACAGGAAAAGCUUCGGGAAAGGCCGGCCUAACCAAGAAAAUAAAGCGACGUACGUCACUGCUGGACCUCUGAGAUGUCCCAGGUGAAGUUCAGCUGCAGGUCCUUCAUUCUUUCGUUGUAGACUCUGUCGAAGCGCUCACUCUGUGCCACUGUCAGGGCGUUCUUCCAGUCACCGAUGGUCCCUGACACGGAAAUAUAAAAAAAUGGGUUACCGAAGUGUCACCUUUAAUGCAAACAAUGUCAAGCUUUUUUUGUGUGAAUCAAGAUUUCGAUUGUAGUCACAAAUAUGCUCCUUUGAAUUACCGCAUUUGACCCUGCAUAUAGCGCUGGUGGUACUGAUGCCAGUUUCGUCAAACUGACAUGAUCCAUGCACUUAUCCAUGGUCCAGCAGUCCUAUUUUCUCGUUAUCAUCUUUUGUUUCUAAUGGAAUAAAAAAAUGCUAAAUGCCCAACUAGACUAUCACGGAUGAUCGCUGCGUGGACGCCAGUGACUUCUGGGUCUCGAUCCUCAUCGAUCCAAGGCCUCAAUGUUCUGAAGACACACUGCCACCAUAGUAUCAGGGGAGCCUUCUUCAUAGCAUAAAUACCAGCUCUCUAACGGUUUUAUUUAACCGCAGUGAAAGCAAUGAGGACCUGUUGCAGGCUACCGUUACCUUUCCUCAGGAAGGCACCCUGGCUCUUAUCCUUGACGUCGUCGGGUAGGAACUCAUAGUUGGCCUUCUCAUCUUGUUUCAUGUUGUUGAAGGUCACCCUCUUGAUGAUGGAGUCAAUGGCGGCGUCAGAAAGAUUCUUGCCGACAAAUUCACAAAUACGCACGACCACAGACCUCAGGUCCUAAGCACAGAGAGCAGGUCGUUAGAGGAGAGCUAGAAUACAGAUGUGUUGUUGGGCUUGUGGCACAGAGGGAUCACCUUGAUCAUGUCUUCAUAGCGGAGGAACAGGAUGUUGUACUGGUCCUGGUUGGCGUGCCAUCCUUUAACAUGGUCAAACCAACAGCCGCCAAUCACUGGUCCAUGACAAAUGAAACAGACAAGAUGGGAUGGAAAGAAAAAGACAAGUUCAACAGAUAAGAAAAUCUACUGGGUCACUUCCUCCAGUCUACCCCUGUCUGUGUGAGUCACUCACUCCUUCCACUGAUGAAGUUGUCGAGCAUCUCGUUGAAGUGUUCUGCGUCCUCCAGCUUCUUCAUGAACUUUGUAAAGUGAAAGUAGGACACCAUUGCAUCUUUUGGAUUCCUGGAAACAUAAAUGACCUGAAGAGGGAGGGAAUGACCCUGGAUUGGUGAGUGCAGCCUGUGUGGGGGUCCAUGUAGUUCCUGAGCUCUUGUCUGAACCCUGACCUAUACCAUGGCUGUGGCUGGCUGUGUGGGCCGUGCACACGCAGCCUUCUCACUGACCUUGGCCUUCUUCUUGAGCAGCCCCCUGGGCAUCAGCGGCUCCUGCAGGUGGGAGCAGAAGAGGCGUGGGGAGCGGCGCGUGUCGUAGCUCUGCCACUCCUUCAUCGGGUACUCCAGCCAGGGCAUCCUCUCAAAGGUGACGGUGUCCUUCAGCUCGGGGAAGUCCUCCUCAAAGAUCAGGGUGAUGAUUCUCUGGGUCCAUACGGUCCCUAACCACCAAAUAAUUCAUUGGUGUUUGCUAUUGUGGUAUUACCACAAUACAUAGAAUGACGCCAGAAGUGUGCUCUACUUUCAUUAUGCAGACCAUCUGCAAUAUGAACAUUAGCUGUUUGUUGUACAGAGGCUGAAUCAUCCUAAUUAAACUCGAAAGUGAAAAAAACAAGAAAAAAGCCUUUUCUACAUCCACCACUAUUGCAGCAACUCGCCUUCAACCACAUGUGUCGCAAUGCACGCCUGAUGUUAUCUUGAAGAUGUCUUUUGUCCGUCUUAUCUUAUGGAAUCUAUUUGACAGGCCUAUAGCAAUGACCUUUAGUUACCUUCCUUGGUAAGAAGAAGGUAAGUUGGGGGAAAUGUCUCCAUCUUUUAACCCAAGGCAUUUCAUUUGUUGUAAAGGAUGUUGUAAAGACUAUACUGCCUUUCUAUAAGGUAUGGGGAGAAUAUAACGAAAUGUCGACUAAAGGUAGGUCCUAUUCUCAACAAUAAAGAAAUAUAAAAAUGUACAUUAGAUAUGUUGCAUCAUUGGUCAAUGACAUUGCCUCGUAUUAACAUGAGGAUCCCACCGAACCAUUAGAAUAGUGUCAAUACUCAAAUAUCGAUCCCAAUCUCCUCUGACUUCAAAGAACCUCUGAUCGCUCAGCUUUGUUUCCUGAAAACUCUUAAGAGACUUUUUUGCAGAGAUUUACUGUUUGUGAAAUAGUAAAACAUCCUAUCACUGCACAAAAGUAUAGCUAAUACACUCACCCGAUUUGGGGAAGGUAACGAGGUAAACGUCGUCAUCUCUGACUUCAAAAUGUUGCAAAUCGUCAAUAUAUUCCGUCGUUAGGUUAGUGGUGUCGUCCACUGGAAAAACAGCCCCUUUGUAUGCGAACAGAGUAUCACCGAGUAGUUUGUAUUCUUGUUGAGCCAUUGCUUUGUUGAAUGCAAACAAAUGAUUCCAAGUUCUGUGCAGUGAGUUGGAGGAGAAACAUUGAAAUAUGACACUGUGGUAGAGGCAAAGGCAUAUGUUAUCUGAGUAGAGUUAUGAGUUGACUCUUAUCGAUACCUUUGUUCGGUUCAAAGUGUCAUGUAACAUAGUGUUAUGGGUGCCCCUCAGUGUUGAUAUUAUCCAAUCAGAACUUAACAUGAAGUAUAUUUAAAUGUUACCCCUGAUGCCACAUUGUAAGGAAGCUGUUCAAUUUUCUCUAUUAUAAUUGAAUCCUCUAAAUACAAAAGAUAUGUUGGGCAUAGGACGGAUCAUCUUCACCAGGCUAUAGUAAGUGUCCACGUUCCCCCUCAGACCUGGGGGGUUUACCACCCACGAACCUUGCUGAACAUACUGUAACAGUCAGGUUUAUAAUAUGUAGCGCCACUAGGUGGCGCCUCCCUCUUUUGUUGGGUUAGAUGAGAUAACGGUGAGUGAAGAAGUUUUGCUUCUUCCGCUCGGCUAGAAUAAACAGCAGUAUACGAACGAAGUCUCCCUUUUUAUUAUAUGUUAUUUAGUGACUGAUUUGUUGUAGGCGGGAAUCCCGGACUUUCCAAACGUAUGGUAAAUAUAUAUAGUGCCGUGGAUACCUGGCGUGACUGCGGUCAAGUGAGCCGCCAUUCGUUCAUCCGCGGUUAAACCAGCCGUCACACAAAAUCUUCGUGCGCCUUUACUCUAAACAGCCUUUGGGUGGUAUCUCGCAACGUUUUCAAAAUAAAAGCCUUCACCUACGUGUGUAGAACACUAGCUGGCUUACGGCGGCGUCUAGAAUGUCCGCACUUGCGGACAUCUUGCCAGUCUUGCCUUGCCAGUCAGUAACCAUAACUUGCUACAUUUUCAACCGUUUUCCCAACGGUUUGAUUUCUUACAAACCUUAUUAACGUGGUUAUAAUAUUGUACCUAUUUUAGAACAUUUCAAUUCGUUUUUCAAAUGACAUUUUCUCUAAAUCUAUAGAGUAAAAUCAAAUGGUCCCUUGUGUACAAGUAGUCAGUACAACAGUUAGUAUGGUCAUAUCAGUCAGUGCCUGAACUUAUGUGAAAUUCGGUCUAUAGCCCACUUCAAAGUGCUGACAUAAUGCAAUUUUGCAAAGGCGAGAAUAUGCAUGUGUACGUUUUUCAAAUGACAUUUUCUCUAAAUCUAAACAGUAAAAUCUAAUGGUUCCUUGUGUACAAGUAGUCAGCACACCGGUUGAUAUGGUCAUAUCAGUCAGUGCCUGAACUUAUGCUAGUCUAACCAAUACGCAGGCCUUUGCCGUCUCUCGUCUCGAGCUUCUCGCUCACAACCAAUCACGUUCUUCUGGUCACUAGUUCUUAAUUGAUUUCAGCUGCGUCUCCCCCGCCUCUCCUCAUAAAGCGCCCCCACCGUGACGGAUGUUAAUCGUUUAUUUUGUGUUGGAUUGCGUGGGCUGAACAAUCCGGACAUCGUGGCCACCGACAUGGACCCCCGGCCACCGGGACCCACGCACACCGACCACCACACUGGGAAGUGUCCUCUGCUCACUGUGGAAGCAGCAUGGAAGAACUGCAGCAACUCUGAUGGAAACGAGGACCUCCACGCUGUUGAACACAAACUGUUGUAGGCCUACUCAAACAGAGGCGGUCCUACUCGGUUAAAGAUCUCGUGGUCAAUGCGGCAGACCGCUGGACCUGGACGUCACCUUCUGCAGAUACUUCACUGCCCUCAGGAAUCCACGGAUAAC